AUGAGCGAUGACAGCAGCGGGGCCACUUUUACUACAGUGGUCGAGGCGGUUUCUAUGGAAGCCAAAGCAAAGAUUACUGCCAUGGUGAUCCAUCAUACUUCCGAAGUGAUCUUUUACAGAAAGGAUGAUGGAUCAGUGGUGCUAUACGAACGAAAAACGGCUGCGAGCUUAGGGACACUCUACAGCCACAAGUCACCAGUCCGCCUGCUAGCCUGGAUUGAACAGAGAGAUGCCCUCCUAAGCAUCGAUGCUUCCAACAGAAUUUUUGUACACACAAUCCAUAACUCAGAAGACAAAGGUUGGCUCUGCAAUAUGACUGUACUGUUCAAGGCCCACCUCGAUUCCGACAAAGCAAUCACAGAUGUGCUAGUAGGAGGAACGGCGGCGAAGUUCUUGGUAUCGACUCGCGAGUCUGAUCACCUGUUCAGCUUGGACAGCGGUACGCAUGAGAGAGAGCGGACAUACCCGCAAAUGCCAGGAAUUCGCAAAUGGAUCUCCCACCCCGAAUCCUCUCUACACCUUGUCUGUGUCAACAACUUCAAAGCCUGCACCUAUUGCUGGUGUGACUGGUCUGAAGUCUCAUCUAUUGCAUUGUCGUUGGACGGGAAGGCAGAGCUUAAGAGCGCAACCCUCUAUUUUCAUUGGCUUUAG